CUCACCAGAAACACACUCUGCUUCUAUCGCCCUGCAGCCAUGGAUGUUUCCUUCUGCUCCGACCUGCAGCUCCACCACGAAGCCUUCCUCUUCGACUCCCUGAUGGAAAAACAAUACAACACUUUGGCCUUCGAUGCAGCUUUAGAUCCUGGCUAUUUCAGCGCCAGCAGCAGCUCCUUGUCUCCCACCUCCUCUGUGGACUCGUUCUGCUUCUCCCCCAACGCUUUCCAGACGAACGAACCCAACCCUUUGGACUGUUUGGUCUUCAAAAGCCCGGCAGUUCCUCAGCAAAAGAGCCAAGACGCCCAAACUCUUCCUGCCUCCACGACAAAGAAAUCCAGGUCCAGAUACCCGGGGAAGAAGCGCCAGACAGCGAGCGACAGGGAGAAGCACAGGAUGAGGGAUCUGACCAAGUCUCUGAACCACCUGAGGACGUAUUUACCUGAAUCUGUGGCUCCAGAAGGACAGACCCUCACCAAAAUCGACACUCUGCGCCUCACCAUCCGAUACAUCUCGUACCUGUCGGCGCAGCUCGGCCUCAGCGAGGAGGUUCUGGAGCAGAAAGCAUCAGAAUCUGUUCAAGAACCCCAAAAUCUGCAGCAGUUCCUGGGUCAGCCGACAGAGAGCUACGCCCAGCAGGAAGCAGACUUUCCUUCCAUGAGCACGACCCCAAUGCAGCCCUCCUAUCAGGUUUCAAACGGAGCUUCUCUCUUCAGCAGCGACCCGUUCUGGCACCUUCAGAGCGCAGCGUUCCCCGGACACUGCUGAGGCCGCCAGUCCACUCCACUUUAUCUCAUUGCAACAAUGACCUCUAAGAACAUUUAUUUAACGGACGAAACGUCUCCUUUUUGUUAUUUUCAACAACAUAUAUUUAUGUCCUUAAUAUUGUACAUAGAAAUGUUUAUUUAUUACAUUUUUCUACAACAGAAUAAACAUUAUUUAUCAAAUGUGAAA